AUGAAAGCACUUCAAAAAACAUGGAGCCUUGUUUCUUCCAAUCAUCAUUCAACAAAAUCCACACAACUAUUUAAACUGUCGGUAUCAUCAUCAGUACUCAGAGCAUGUAUGCAUACACACAUUAGUGCAUCCAAUUUUUCAACCAAUAAUAAUUUACAAGUUGUUCGGAAUGGACAUCAUCAUCCAUUAUUAUUGAAAUUCAACAAAACAACAUCAUCCACAAGAAUAGAACAUUCAAAUCAUAGAAAUUAUCAUACCUCCCACAUACGACAUGGAUUAUUCUCCAAUCUCACUUCCAACAUGUCCAAUGCUUUUAGUUCUCUAUUAAAAAAGAAAACUCUCACCAAGGAAGAUGUUGAAGAGGCUAUGCAAAAAGUGAGAGUAGCAUUAUUGGAUGCGGACGUUGCUGAAUCUGUAGUUACAUCAUUCAUCAAGGAAGUUACUGAAGAUGCUAUCGGUGUUACCAUUGUUCAAGCACAGGAAUCUCAGUUACCCUCAUCGGAAGACGGUGGAAAGCUUGCAAAAACUAUUUCUCGUAUUGCUAAAUGGUUAGGUCCCAAUCAAAAAGCAGAGGAGUUACCAAAAUCAGCCACUGUUUAUUUAAUGGUCAUGGAUCGAUUAUCGGAAUUGUUGGGAGGUCAUAUUGAACCAUUGCAAUUGAACAAGGCGAGUGAGCAACGAUCCAUUAUCAUGGUCACGGGUAUUCAGGGUUCUGGUAAAACAACUACAAGCGCCAAGUUGGCUCUUCAACUGAAACGAAAAGAAAACAGGAAAGUCUUGCUGGUGUCGUUGGACACUUAUCGUCCUGCUGCUCAGACUCAGCUUGAAACUCUUGCUCACCAAAUUCAAGUUGAAUCGCUGCCAAUAAUUGCAGGACAAAUGCCAAUUGAAAUUGCACAAAGAGCCAUGCAAUAUGUAGGUCCAAAUGGAGAACAUUUUGAUACCAUCAUUUUCGAUACAGCUGGUCGUAUGCAUAUCGAUGAAGAAUUGAUGAAAGAAUUGGAAGAAUUACGACUAAUUGUGACACCCAAUGAAACUUUAUUGGUGGCAGACUCUAUGCUUGGUAAUGAUGCUGUGAAUAUUGCAACUCAAUUCCAUGAUCGUGUUGGUUUGACAGGUACUAUUUUGACACGAAUGGAUGGUACAAGUAGUGGAGGUUGUGCAAUCAGUAUGAAAAAGGUGGUAGGACUGAGUGUGAAAUAUAUUGGUGUGGGUGAGAAAAUGGAUGACUUGGAAAUAUUUGAUCCACAAAGUUUGGCAAAGAGAAUUUUAGGAGGUGGUGACAUUAUGGCACUCGCUCACAAAGCCAAAGAGGCCAUGAACAUUGAUGCCUCACAAGCUCAAGCUAAAAUUGUUCAAUACAGCAAGGGAGCUUACACAUUUAAGGAUUACCUGGAUCACAUUAGUGCCAUGAAAAAGAUGGGUUCUUUAAAGAAUAUGGCAAGUUAUCUUCCAGAGAGUAUGAUUGGAAAAUUCAGAGAACGACUGGACAGUAUGGAUUUAUCAUUUUUUGAUGCACACGAAGGAAUUAUUAACCACAUGUCUGAACAAGAAAAGUUACAACCAUUACUUUUACAAUCCUCUAGUGCACGGAGAUUAGAUUUGGCUAAAAAAGCAAAGGUCGAUAUCACAGAAAUUAACAAAAUGCUGAAAAUGUUUGACAAAAUCAAAGGAGUGAUGGGUAAAAUGGGUUCCACUGUGAUGAAGGAUCCAAAGAAGGUCAGUGAACUCAUGAUGAAAGAUCCAUCUUUCCUCAUGGACCUUGCCCAACCAAAGGUUAAAAAGCAAAUGAUAAGACCUCCAAAGAAAUAA